AACCCUGCAGUCAUCAUGCUUUCAGUCCAUUUCAAGUGUGAUUUUGACGUGACAUAAAGCAGUGAUAUCUAACUGGGUGAUCUGUUUACUUACUUUUCAAUUAGUCUUCCCAUUGACGCCAUCAUUUGUUCAGUUAAACUGACGCACGGAACGUGCACGUCAACAAGAGGCGGGAUUUAUCACACAAUCCAAUCAUAUCCAAUCAUAACCAAUUACAUCCAAUCAUAGCGUGACGGAGACAUUGCCUCCUCUCACAUGACUUUCCCCCAUUCAUUCUCAAAACCCAUCACACGACGGGGGUCUAAUGGUUUUCUAUGGUUUUCUAUGAGUGAAAAGGGAGGCAUGACUUCUGCUGUAACUUUACCUGUGGGUGUCGCUGUUGGGCAGUGUUUCUUUAGAAAUACGCGCGACUUGCGCUCUUUUUAAUAUCAUAAUUUUUAAUAUUUGUUUUGUUUUAUAUGUAAUAUGGAUCAUUUUCACAUCCUAUUUUUUUUGAGGAGGUACUGCCUUCCUUGCCUCCUCGGAGAAAACACCCCUGAUAGAUACUUACUGAGAAAAGCAUCGAAAUGAAGAUAAUUCAAAGACAUUACAUUAUUGUGCAAGGGGCUUACAGGCAGAGGUUGCGUUGACCGAAUAAUUUCUGUCAUUGAAUUUUUUUAGCAGUGAUGGUAAAAUCUGAAGGCUGUCCUUCAUUUUUACAGAUUACACUAGGUGAUCUAUUGUAACUUGUAACUGUAAUUCCCACCCCUGUCCAGUUGGUGGCGAGGGCACUUCAAUUUGACAGCAGAGCGUGGGUUCAGCCUCAAGAACAAAAUUAAAACUGCCAUAAGAAGUUGGCUGUGUCCGAAAGCUGAAAAAUGCGGUCUUCAGAGGAUGCAUUCCAAGGUAGGAAGCAUCAAGGCAUGUCCAAAUCCAAUGUUAGCUUCACUUCCUGUCUCUAGCAUGGAGAAGGGUCUGUCUGCACCCCGCAGUACUACAAACCAUGCCUCUGCAAGUUACACCUACUACUAGUCUUCUGCGAACAACCAAGCAUGGAUGUCAUUGAUUAAAACAAUCUUUUUAUGUAAAUAAUUUUAUGUUUUAUUUAUGAAAGUUUUGUAAGACUAACAUAUAUUGCUUUCAAAUCUUUCAAAUGGAGUAUGAAAUAACAGCUAUUAAUACAGACUCAUAAGAGUUUCAUAAUUAAAAUACUUUAAAAACGAACAUACAGCUUCUGGUGAUCUAUGUAACACAGUCUGUAUUCCUUAUCACUAGGUGGCGAUAGUGAAGCUUAAAAAGUGAGGAAAGUGAAGUAGAAGAAGAGCUGUACUACUGACGACAUCAGCGAUUCUAGGGCUGCGUCCGAAAUCGCGUACUGUUUAGUAGGUUGGUGUCAUCCAUUCAUGCUGUUAUGGCCACCGCAGCUGGAAUCAUUGUGGUGUCCUCGUGCAAAGGCAAUGUGAUUAUGGACCGACACUGGCUGACCACCUAUUUUGUCAUUUGGUAUGGCGUUCCCUACAUGUCAUAUGACAUCUUCGCCAUGUACCUCAGCCAUUACUAUCGCUUCCGGGUCAAAGGUCACAAGGACUAUAAAAGCCACUCUCUACGAACCGUCAACUCAUUUGUGAGGAAAGAGUUCCUGCUGGUCCUCCAUCACAUUGCACUACUCACCAUUCUACUGCCUGUGACUCUGUUCUUCAGGAAGGACCAGGGUGAUUACUUCAUUGGCUGUCUCUUCCUCACAGAGCUCAGCACUCCUUUUGUUUCAGUGGGCAAAAUCCUCAUUCAGCUGGGAAUGCAGGACUGCUGGCUGCACAAGGUUAAUGGUGGCAUGGUGCUGCUGAGUUUCUUCAUGUGCCGCAUCGCACUCUUCCCCUACAUGUACUGGGCCUACGGCUCCCACUACGGCAUCCCACUUUACAGCGUUCCCUUCCAUCUGCCGCUCUCCACCAACCUGGGCAACCUCUGCAUCCUGUCGCCGCAGGUCUACUGGUUUGUCCUCCUCUGCCGUAAAGGCUUCCGACUCUACAAGCGUCAGCGGGAUGUUCAGAACCAGGCCUCUCCGCUGUCCUCGCCCGAGCCUCUCUUGGAUAUCUCCAAGGCUGAUUAGUGAAGGUCUUUAUCUAGAACAAACAAUCAACCGACGUCACAGCUGAAGGCUAUGGCACUGCAUCUACUACUGUUACAGUACAACCAAGACUUCAUGUUAGACAUACCCUUAUCACUCCUCUUCAUUUUACUCUUCUCUGCUUUACUCCAUUCCACGCACACACUCACAUUUACAUGUACGACCGUUACAAUGCUACUCCACUGGAUUUACUGCAGUGACCUCCAGGGAACAUCUUUUAGGUCAGUUAUCGAGGGCCAAGACCCUCUCUUCCUUCUCUGAUUGGAGUAUCUGUUACAGUUUGGACUGAUGUCUUUGAAUGUCAUUGGAAUUAUCUUGUUACUUUUUGGUUAUUGUUUUUGUCACAUAUAUGAAAUUCUACCCCUGUGUGCUUAAAGUACAGAAAUACACUGGUUUAAAUGAGGGAAAUUAUUAUGUGAAUGGCUUAGCCAUCAUUAUAAUAAAUUCAUCAGAUUAAACCCACAGUAUUUCAGAUCACAUCCGAGCAACAUUUCACAUCACUUCCCACUCGCCUCAAAGCUCCUAUCACAUGGUAAGCAUUUCCAUGGCUGCAGUGCUGCUGUUCUUGUUUACAGCUCAUUAGAGUUCUGUGAAUGUGUUUGCACACACACACUGCCCUGCUGUGACUGUUUACACACCGCCCCACACAUGCUCUGGAGGCUGCUAAUGAAUUCUGCUUCACUUCUGUGGGCCUUCUUAGAAUCCGAAGUCCUCCCAUCCACAGGGGGGCAGUAGAGAGUCAGUCUUUAUGUUUAAACCAGGGAUGGGCAACUUCAGUCCUUCAGAGUUUAGCUCCAACCCUGAUAAUAAACUCACUUGCCUGUAGCUUUUUUUGUGAUCUGGAAGACACUGAUUAGCUUGUUCAGGUGUGUUUGAUUAGGGCUGGAGAUAAUCUCUGCAGGACAGUGGCCCUCCAGGAUCAAAGUUGCCCAUGCCUGGUUUAAUUGGCAUACACAGCACUCGAGUCUAUAGGGGGAUGGGGUCUUUGCAGGGUACAAAGAGUGAGCACAUAACGCUUGGCAUAUCUUUUAGGCCACAUUAUGCCCGAAGGCAUCUCCAGGCAGUAGUCAAAGCAAUAACACAGGGAGCUUCAAAGCAAGGGAUUGUGGGUAGUUGGAUAGCUCAUGUGAACAAAUGGGCAAGGAUAGAAAAGUUGCAUGCCACCUACUCUGAAAACUGAUAUUUGUAUAUCUAAAGGGCACAAUACUGGGUUCCUAUGGUCUUGGGAAGAUGGAAAAUAUCAGGGAAUUUUAUGUUUGUGACUUUCAUGUGUGGAACAGUCAUUGGUAAUCUUUAAAAUUCAUAAUUUCAGUAGUCAAUUUUUUUUGUUAUGCUCAGCUCCUCGGAGGAAUCAUUUUUCGGCUAUAAAUCACUUUUUAUGAUUGCAAUGUCUACUAAAUAAUUUCUAGAAAAUUUUGAGUAAUCAUGGAAAAAGUCAGAAAUUUGCUGGUCAAAAGAUGUGAGAACCCUGGUAAUAGUGUCGUGUUUGUGAGUGUGAAAUGCUCUUGAUGUGGGGCAUGAGUUUUCUAUGAAUCUUUCUAUUAACUGAGCCUAAAUUUUGAGUUGUAGAUAAAUAAUUGUAUUUAUUUCUAUACUGAUGAAUAGUGCAGUAUAAAUGGGUGAUUUGCUGUUGCUUAGGGUCAUUUUUAGGGAUAAUCUGUGGCGUAUGAGAGCUUGUGUAAGUGUAGCAAGGAACUCAGAAGCCUUUGUUUCAGGGCUUUUAACAUAACCUGCAGCAUCUUUCAUAAUACAUUUAGUGAAUGCUGGAUGCCGAAUGAAUGCAACUAACAGUUGUAGAUUCCAUUAAGCACUUUUCAGUAUUGCAGAACUGUCAGAUUAAAAUGUUGCUCAGUACAUACCCAUGCACUCUUAUUUAGUGUGUUUCGAAGACAAACUGGACCUAAAGGUUGCCUUUAGCAAGUGUGUUUGUGUGCGAGAGACAGAAAGACUUAUAUAACAGUGUGUAUAAGCUCCCAGCUCACUCUCUAGGAGGUUGAACGGGGUCUUUGCUGGACUGAAAGAAUGCAUGAUUUGCUCUCCAUUUCUAAAGCUUUAGUACUUUUCAAAACUAACUAUGCAGUCUUUCAAGCUGCUGCUUCUUGUCUAUGGCAACACUAUGCUUUCUUUAGUUUUGCUGAGAUGGGAUGCAUUUGGCAGAUGAGUUGGCCAUAUUAAUCAUAAUGCAUGUUAUGUUUCUGAUAUUUUCAUUUUUUUCAGUAGUAUAUCAUGUCAAUGCUUUUCUCAGUUGUCUUUCUUAGUUGUAGCAUACGUUGUACGUUUUUCUAUAACCAACAUUCUCUCAAUUUUCACUCCUUCAUUUUCAGAUUGUGUUUUAUAAGACAUACCCAUAAUGUAAUAUAUACACUAUAUGGCGGAAAGCAUGUGGACACCCAACGAGCAUUUAAAUCAAAUCAAUGGGCAUUAAUUAGGAGUUUGUCAUUCCUUUGCUGCUAUAACAUCUUACAUUCUUCCCAAACUGAGGAACAAAGUUGGAUGCAUACUAUUCUGUUGAAUAUCAUUGUGUGAUGUAGAUUUGUUUUUACUUGAAUUAAGGGGCCUAUUGUUAAUUAUGAAUGGAUGUCCACAAACUUUUUGCUGUGUAGUGUAAGCCUAGAAUAUAUGAACAGGUUUAUAUUCAGAGUUUUGAAAUGCAUGGAACAUUAUCAUAAAUCAAUAUAUGUACUGUCCAACAGGCUUAUUUAUGCCACACUUAACCUUUAAAUCAUAGUGCAGUGCUAAUAAUCAAUUUUUUUUUUUUUUUUUUUUUGGAAAUAAUAAUACAAGUCCUAGUGUCUUCAAAGCCUCCUCUCUCAGCUCAGGGUUUGAUAAAGACGUUAUCAUCAAUUAUUUAGAGAUGAAAGAUGAGACUGUGAUUAAAAAGGAUUUACAUAAGACACAUUUAUAAUUGAAAUAUUUUUUUCAACACUUUUUGGGUUUGGUAAACCAAAGAUUCUUAGACACUUUUUAUAGAUAAGUGACAUGUAGCUAAACUGUCUGAGACUCCACAUCAUUGCCUUUCCCUUGCUCAACAUCCACACAGGAUCAGAUCUCUACAGGAAUGGCUGUGAAUAUGGAUCAGGCAAACUGGAAUUCUCUUACUGGAAUAUAUGGAAUACUUACUGGACUUAGUUUAUGUUGUUUUACUGUAAAUUACAAACUGGGUGAAUCUGAUGAAAACAUGUCCAGAUCAUAUUUCACCCCCAAAAGCAGUGAAUAAUAAAAUAAAAAUUAAAUGAAAAGAGAAAUCAACAAGUUAGUUGUCAUAAAAAAGGCUUAUUGGUCAUGAAAUGGACUUCAUUUUCUUAAAUAUAUGACCUGGACAUGCUUUUAACAAGUUUUGUGAGAAGGGCAGAAGUUGAGAAAUAAGAGGUGUAGAUGUUCAGGAAUGUUAUCAGCUGCUCUGUUUUUUAAUACAUAUCAAAACUAGACUGCACUCUUGCUGGUUUGAUGGGUGCUUUGUUUGGAGCUUUAUAGUUUACUGUAAAUGGAUGUAACAGGAAUGGAUGAAGGCAAAUAUAUGCAUAAAAGUCUGAGGAUAGAAAAUUGAGCUAUAUUAAAUAUUAUAAUAUCUAUAAAAUUUUUGUUUUACCCCCAAACUACGUGUUGUCUGGAAUAUCGUAAAAUACAGUGCCUUGUAUUAAAGUUGUGUGUGAUAUUGACACAAGCUCAGUGCACAGCAGCCCUGGGCAGGUGGUGUUUUAGGUUGUGACUGUCUCUACUCACACUUUUGUUUUGUUCACAGUACAAUACACAAAACUAAGAAAAAUCUCUGCAUCAUCAGGCACAGUGUACUGUACACUUAAAGCCUUUAUGCUAGUAGGUUUGAUUUUAAUUUGGAUAAAUUGUUACAGCUAACUUUGUCAUUCAAACAUGCUUCUAAGUCUUAAAAUUGUUUUAAGUGAGGUUCUGUAUGCUUGCUGUGUUGUCUUUAUAUUUGCACUCUUAAAGCUAAUUUAAAACAAAUCUGAACUCUAAAGGUCUUUAAUGUUACCCAGUUUUCUGAACUGCGUCCAUUCCUCAUGAAACAGACACAAUUGGACAAUGUAUUGGCACAAUCUUAGGCAGGUUUAAAGCCAUGUUACACAUCUACUCUGUUUAGAUUUUUGCACGGAUUGAGAAGCAUCUUAUCUUCCAACACAUUCCUUGGUUGCAUCUCCAAACUCAAUUCAGCAUUAUUAACUCUUGUUUAGAGAAGUGGGAAAGGAAACUUUUCAGAGAACUGGGCAGAGACCAGAAAGCAUGUUUGCAUUAUCUGUUUCCUGCUGAGGAAAACUCAUUUCCUUGCUAUGUCAGCUUGACCUCAAAGCAUGAUUUCAUUGUGAUUUCCUAAUGCACAACCUUUAGCACUCCCUGCCUCUUAUUUUUGAUCACAUUUUGAUUUUCACACAUAUAUUGUAUCAGAUUUCAUAUAAAUAUAUAGGUUUCUGUUUGUUUGUAGGAUGACAUUUUAAGAACUCUCCUUUUAGAAAGGGGAUACAGAGUGAAACUAAUAUAAACACUUGAUUGAGCUUAUUUUCUUGAAACUUGUAAAUCCAAACACCACUUUGGAGAAAAUAAAUCUGAUUUGGUGAAUUCUUUUAAA